AUGGAUUGUAUUCAACCAAUAACCACCGCAAAUGCCAAAAAGCAACGAAAAAAAGAAUAUCAGUCGGCUUUUAAAGGUAUUUCCUUUUCAACCACUUCAAUCAGAGAGGUACUUCUGAAAGAAUACGAGAGAGAAAUACCAAUCAUUUUAAAGAUACAAAGUUAUAGAAAUCCAUUUUUAGAUCGUUUUUUUGGCUUUGCUAGUUAUCUUGGAGAAGAGGAAUUUUAUAUUUUAUCACUACCGAUUACAUAUUGGUUUGUUUCUCGAAUUCUUGCCAUUGAGUUGUGCAUUCUGCUGGCACUCUCUAUUGGCAUCGGUAAUAUGUUGAAGAAUACGUUUUUGCUGCCACGUCCACCACCCGCUCAGGUGUGGAUUCACACCGCGCCACAGAAGGAUCACGGAAUGCCAUCGACGCACACAUCGUCGUCGGUUUCGAUUCAGUUCUACUACUUCCUCUUCCUCUACCAUAUUCACCCGGUGGUCGACCCCAUCAUUCCCUACCCAGUGGCACUGGUCGCUGUGUUGUUUAGCAUCGCCAGUGUCAUGAUGAGCCGUCUCUACAACGGUCAUCACACCCCGAUGGACGUCAUCGGUGGCUUCACCAUUGGAUCACUCAGCUGCUUUGCAUUCGCUUACAAACUGCGUCCCUACUAUGUGGAGGCGGUUAGCGACGUCACCGGCAUUGCGCCGAUCGCCAUGAUCACAAUGGCGUGUCUCGCCAUCUUGAUCCACCCACAACCCAAAACACCGACUCCCGCCUAUCCCGAGAGCGGUCUCGUCUUUGGUACUGCACUCGGUGCCUACCUCUCCAGUUGGAUCUUCAUUACCCAUUCAUCAUUCUAUCAUCACAUGGUCGACGGACACAAUGAACAUUUCCUAACCAACUUUUUCACUUCUUUCCCAUUGAUUUUCACAUUUUUAAGAUUGGUAUUUGGUGUUGUUGUUGUAUUAUCAGUAAAGAUUUUAGCAAAGAAAGUUUAUUAUUUUGUCUAUUCGAAUUUCGUUUUGCCAUUGAUUAGCGGUAUCAACAAGAAGAAGAUACCACAACAGACUACAGUCGAGGCAUUCGGUAAAUUGUUUACCUACUGCAUGGUUGGUGGAUUUCCCUUACGAUCUCGAAAACCAUCGUACAGAGACAUUGGCAUUCCAUCAACUACAACAACAACAACAAUCGAUAGUAAUAAUGAUCUCGACAAUGAAGCUACAUCGCUCAAGGAGUUUCAAGAGAAACAAUUGGAACAACAAUUGAACAAUCAAGCGAAUGGCGGUGGCGGUGCUGCUGCUUCGUCUUCUUCGAAUGAUGUGGUGAAUGCAUCAUCAUCGUCGACUACCACCACCACCACCGGCAAUACAACGACGACUGCUGUUGCCGUGGAGGCGUCUUCGUCGUCGUCGACGUCGUCGCCACCACCCUCGUCGACGCCAUCACCCUCACAGAGCACCAUUGCCAAGAUAAACGAUUUGCAAAUGGAUUUUGAAUUGAAACGUAGUGAGAUGCGAGCGAAACUCAAACUGCUGGAUCUGAGACUGGCCGAGCUUGGCACGAGCAAGGAAUCGCUGUUUCUUCUCUUGAAAUCGGUUCUCAGUGAAGAGGACAAACGCAAACAACAAGAACAACUCAGAUUGCAAGAAUUGAGAAAACAAGAAGAACUACAACUGCAACAACAACAACAAUUGAGAUUGAAACAACAGCAACAACAACAACAGUUGCUUCAACAACAAUAUCUUCAAGCUCAACAACAACAACAAAUGAUGCAUGGUAACAACAACAUGAAUAAUAAUCUAAUGAUGAGUGGUAAUAACAAUAUGAAUACUCAACAACUCCCUCAAACUCAACUGCAACAACAGCAACAACAACAACAACAACAAAUGAAUGGUAAUAGCAUGAAUAAUCAACAACUGCCUCAAACUCAACUACAACAACAACAACAAAACUUUAAUAACUAUAAUAACAGUAAUACGAAUCAAAGAUUCAUGCAAAUUAAUAAUAAUAAUCAACAACAACAACAGCAACAACAAUAUAGUAAUAGUAUGAUGCAAGGUAGUGCUCAUUAUAAUAGUAACAAUAAUAACAACAACUAUAAUGGUUAUAAUAGUAAUAUGAACUAUGAUAACUAUAAUAACAAUAACAAUAAUAUGAUGAUUAGUAAUAUGAACAAUACAAACAUGAACAAUACUAAUAUGAAUAACACUAUGAGUACUAAUAAUAAUAUGAACAACAAUAUGAAUAAUACAAAUAUGAAUACUAAUAAUAUGUAUAGUAAUAAUAAUAAUUUUAAUAGCAAUUCAAACUAUAAUAAUAACUAUAAUAACAAUUUUAAUAAUAAUAAUAAUAAUAAUAACUUUAAUAAUAUGAAUGGUAAUGAAAGUUCAUAUGGUAACAAUCGAUAUAGUCAGAGUAAUAGUAAUAACAGUAACUACAAUUACAAUUCAUAUUCUGGUGCCAACAACAACAACAAUAAUAGUAACAACAAUUACAAUGGUAAUCAAUUUUAUCAACAACAACAACAACAACAACCAACUAACAAUAUGAAUAGUGUUGCUGGACAACUAUCUUCAUAUGAUUCAUCUCUAACACCAUCAGUAGUAGUAGAGAAUGGUAACAUUAAUAAUUAUCAACAGCAACAACAACCUAAUAAUAAUAAUAAUAUUUAUAUAUCACCUGCUUCACCUGCUUCAGAUUAUAAAUCACCUCAUCAUUAUAGUGGUACUGGUGGUAAUAAUGCAGGUGGUGGUGGUGGUGGUAUGCGAAACAAUGAUAAUCAUCUAUAUUCUCAUCAGAGAGACCGACCUUUCUACAGUAGAGAUCGUGGCGGUGGUGAGCGCGAACGAGAUAGAAGUCGUGACAGAGACAUGAUGAGAGAUAGCUACGAUGAUAUGGACGGUCGUGAUCUCAGAGACUCUCGUGAUCUAAGAGAUAGUCGUGACAACAGAGAGAGCAUGAGAGACAACAGAGACUAUCGUGACAAUCGUGAUAGCAGAGGCAGAGGAGAUGAUAAAGACAACAGAGAUGAAAGAGAAAACAACAACAACAACAACAACAACCGAGACAACAGAAAUAAUCGUAGAUUUUACAAUAAUAACAAUAAUAGACCUUUCAAUAAUUAUAAUCGUCGUGGAAGAGGUGGAUAUAGGAUGUAG